CAGUCGCCUCUUCCAAAAGAUUGCGAGAAAAAGGGAGAGAGAAAAAAAGAAAAAGAAAAUCCCGUGAUCCUCCGCUCUACAGAUCUCACCUGGCCCUCUUCUUCUUUUGACUGAGGGGAGAUGGCGAUUUCUGCGACGGAUGCACUGCUGGGUGAUACCGUCGAAGGGUCCGUCGAUUACAGAGGACGGCUCGUGACCAGAUCUUCAUCGGGCGGAUGGAGGUCUGCUUUCUUCAUUAUAGUGGAGAUGGCUGAGAGGUUUGCAUACUACGGGAUAGGUUCGAAUCUGAUCAGCUAUCUGACUGGGCCACUGCAGCAAUCAACGGCUGCAGCUGCAGCGAAUGUGAACGCAUGGUCAGGGGCAGCGUCCAUGCUUCCUCUUUUGGGAGCAUUCGUGGCUGACUCCUACUUGGGACGCUACCGCACCAUCCUUUAUGCUUCCCUCCUUUAUAUCCUGGGUUUAGGAUUGCUGACUCUAUCAGCCUUGCUUCCUUCUCUCCGCCCGCCUGACUGUGAAAGAAAAAUGGAGACAUCGUCUUGUGCUUCUCCUACUCCGUUUCAAAUUCUCUUCUUCUUCUUCUCUCUAUACCUAGUGGCACUUGCGCAAGGUGGGCACAAGCCGUGCGUGCAGGCUUUUGGAGCAGAUCAGUUUGAUCCGCGAGAUCCCAAAGAGAGCAAGUCCAAGAGCUCAUUCUUCAAUUGGUGGUACUUCGCACUCUGUGCCGGUACCGUCGUUUCGCUUUGGAUAGUGACUUACAUACAAGAUAACUUAAGUUGGGGUCUUGGAUUUGGAAUUCCAUGCAUUUCCAUGGCACUUGCUUUAGUUGUUUUCUUGUUGGGAACCAGGACAUACCGCUAUAGUUUGGCGGAGGAGAAGAGCACAUUGGUGAGAAUUCUCCAAGUGUUUGUUGCAGCAGCACGAAAUCGACAGGCCCAUACCUCUACAGCUGAUAAAACCCAUCUUCCCCCCAUUGGAGCUGAAGCAAGAGAGACGGGUUGUACCACCCAAUUCAAGUUUCUUGAUCGGGCCGCUGCUUCUACAGAUGGUCUGGAUUGCUCAAAGAAUAGUUGGAGUGUAUGUAGUGUAAGUCAGGUGGAAGAAGCAAAGGGGGUGCUACAAUUAUUUCCAAUAUGGGUCACAUGUUUGAUAUAUGCCGUCGUGUUUGCACAAUCAUCUACUUUCUUCACCAAGCAAGGCAGCACCAUGGAAAGAUGGAUAGGCUCUGGAUUUCAGAUACCUGCCGCGACACUACAGACGUUUAUCAGCUUAUCAAUCGUAAUUGUCAUCCCCAUGUAUGACCGCAUAUUCGUUCCUAUCGUCCGAUCUUUCACGGGUUUGCCAUCCGGUAUAACAAUGCUUAAAAGAAUUGGCAUUGGGAUGUUUCUGUCUGUGGUUUCCAUGGCAGUGGCCGCCGUGGUCGAAGCCCAGAGGCUUAUAGUUGCUAGAGAUGCUGGGCUGGUUGAUGUGCCUGCUGCAACGGUUCCUAUGAGUGUUUGGUGGCUAGCCCCACAGUACAUCUUAUUUGGAGUGGCCGACGUAUUUACGAUGGUCGGAUUGCAAGAAUUCUUCUAUGAUCAGGUGCCGGACGGGCUGCGAAGCUUAGGCCUGUCCCUAUACUUGAGUAUAUUUGGUGUUGGGAGCUUCCUUAGUAGUUUCCUUAUUGCUGUGAUUGAGAAGGCGACCAGUGGGCCAGGCAGAGAGAGCUGGUUUUCGAAUAAUCUCAACAAGGGCCAUCUCGACUACUUCUAUUGGCUUCUUGCAGGGUUCAGCGCUGUUGAGCUGGUUAUCUACUCGUUUUUUGCCAACUCUUACCUCUACAAGAAUAAGAGGAGAAAUGCCACGAUGUAAGUUUUCAGCCUUUGCAGCUAAAACAGGUAAUGGUGAUUAUAGCCAACUUUCUCUUAGCCAAAGCAUGUAAUGGUAAUUAUAAAUGUCAGAAAUGCUAUUUCUGGAUGCGAAAUCUUCAAACUUCAAACCAGUGACCCAGAGGUGCAAAUGUGGCCCAUGUGAAUGUUAUUAGGUGUAUUUCAACAUAACCAGCCAAAAUAAUUUUUAUCCGCUGCUUCGAUAACGACA